AUACCUUCAGCCAUUGGCUUGCCUCCCACUUGCUUACUUGCCCUACUUUGAGCAGGGGCCGGCCGCUCACAUACAGCCGCUCGCUGCACACCAAAGCGUUGCGCUUUUGGUGAGCGCGUUUUGGCAGAAUUUGCUCUUCCUUGCAGCAUUCGCAUGGCGGCGGCGGCCAAAGCAGCAGCAGCAGCAGGAGCAGCAGCAGCACCAGCAGCACCAGCACCAGAACCAGCACCAGCGGAUCCGCCGGACGGAGGCUGGGGCUGGGCCGUGGUGGCGGCCUCCUUCAUCUCCGUGGGAUUUGCCUACGCCUUCCCCAAAUCGCUCACCAUCUACUACAAGGAAAUCCAGGAGUAUUUCUCCGUCUCCUACAGCCAGAUCGCCUGGGUGUCCUCACUCAUGCUGGCGUCCAUGUACGCAGCGGGGCCCCUGAGCAGCAUUCUUGUCAACCGCUACGGCAGCAGACCGGUGGUCAUGGUUGGCGGCCUCACCGUUUCCGCCGCCAUGGUGCUCGCCUCCUUUGGAACCUCCAUGCUCCACCUGUACCUGUGUGUGGGAGUCCUCGGAGGUUUGGGCCUGGCCUUCAACCUGCAGCCGGCCCUGACCGUCAUCGGCACCUACUUCCACGCCAAGAGGCCGCUGGCCAACGGGCUGGCCAUGACGGGAAGCCCGGUAUUUCUCUUCGCUCUGGCGCCCCUCAAUCAGUUUCUCUUUGACUCUUUUGGCUGGAGGGGAAGCUUCCUGGUGCUGGGAGCCUUGGUGCUGAACUGCUGCGUGGCCGGCGCCCUGAUGAGACCCGUGGACGCCGGCCGAGCCCGAGCCGAGGCGCCGAGCGAGCAGCGGCAACGGCCGGGCCGGAGCCGGCGGGCCGAGCGGGGCGCUGCCGCCGAGCGGGUCGCUGCCGCCGCCCAAGCUGCGGGACGCCGGCCUGGCGCUUUCCUCGACGCGUCGCUCUUCCGCCACCGGGGCUUCCUCAUUUACCUCCUCGGCAACGUGCUCAUGUUCUUCGGCUUCUUUGCGCCGGUGGUUUUCCUCGCCCCGUAUGCCAAGCAUCUGGGCGUGGAUGAGUAUUCGGCAGCCUUCUUGCUCUCCAUCUUUGCCCUGGUGGACAUGUUUGUGCGCCCGGCGACGGGCUUGCUCGCUAAUAGCAAACGGAUCCGGCCCAGGAUCCAGUAUUUGUUCAGCUUUGCCGUUUGCUACAACGCGGCGUGCCACCUUUUGUGCCCUCUGGCACGCGGCUACGCCGGCCUGGCGCUUUACGCCGUCUUUUUCGGCACGGCCUUCGGGAUGGUCUGCGCUCUGCUCUUCGAAGUGCUGAUGGACCUGGUCGGAGCUCAACGCUUCUCCAGCGCGGUCGGACUGGUCACCCUCAUCGAGUGCGGCCCGGUGCUUCUGGGCCCUCCGCUUUCAGGAGCGCUGGUCGACGUUUGGGGCGACUACAAGUACAUGUACUACGCGUGCGGCGCGUUCAUGCUGCUGCCCGGCGUGUUUUUCUUCAUCAUGCAUUACUACAACUACAAGCGAGCGGACGAGGAGCAGAGGCACGGGCUCUCUGCAGAGAUGAGGACACCCCAGGAGGCGCUGCAACUGAAACCGGAAGGAAUUUGACGCCGUGCGGAGAAGGGACUUUUUUUUGUUGUUGUAAUUAUUCCACACAAAAAAACGUUUCUAUCUCAAAUGACCGACCCCAUUUAUGCCAAAUAUCUGUAUCGGUAUGUGCUCUGUAUAUUGGGACUUUUAUCUUGAAGGACGGUGUAUAGGAAGUGCUGUUUUUGCUGUUUCUGUUGAACGGAUGCGCCCAAUAAAAAAACAAGUGUUACCAAUGGCAGGCACUGCGUGGCAAACCAAA